UCCAUAUUCAACACAUACAGGUGCCCCUUCAAAAAUCGACCCAACGUGUUUAUUUGUUAUUUUCCUUGACUCGAUCGAAUCCCAUAACAAUCUCUAAUCAGAAUAUGCCACUACCUGACCCCCACCACUGCCACCACAACAACCGCCACCAUCAUGGUGGUGCACCACUGCCAAAACCAAACCAAAAGCUCCUCUCGAUAUUCCUAAAAGUCAUAACAAUGACCGCAAUAACAACCCUUUUCUUCUUAUUCCUAGGCGUUGCCGCCAUCCUUCUCCUCCUCGCCACCGCCGCCCUCCACCACCCGUCGUCAUCCUCCUCCAAUUCAUUAAAUGGAUUGUCUUUAAAAGACCUGAAGAAGCUGCCACAAUUCAGAUUCUUUUCAAGAAAAAUUAUGAAGCCUGAAAGUGAAGCUUCUUUUGAUUGCGUGAUUUGUUUGGAAGGAUUGAGACAAGGCCAGUGGUGCCGGAAACUUGCCGUCUGCGGCCAUACCUUUCACCGGAAGUGUGUCGACACGUGGCUUGUUAAGGUUGCGGCUUGUCCCAUUUGUAGAACUAGGGUUUGGCUGGGUUCUGGAUCUUUUAUAGAGAAUAGGCCCUUAUGGGCAUUUAGAUAUAUUGGAAGUUCUUGAUUAAAUAUUUCUUCUUUUCAUUUUUGUAAAAUAUUUUGAUUUAGAAUAUGAAUUUUGCAGCUUUUAUUUCUUUUGCUUUUGGGUAAUAUUUUCUGAUGGAAAAUGUGAAAUUGAGAAUGUUUUUGGGUUGUUAAAUUCAUGAUUGCUAGUGCCAAUCAAAAUAAAAUGAAAAAGUUAUAAGCUUGAGGCUCA